AUGGACGAUAUAGAGAAUGACGCUCGUAUGGUGCGGGGAGAGCUCUACCAUGCCUUCACACCAACGUUAACGGCCAGACGCAACAGAUGCCAUUUUGCCUGCGACAGAUUCAAUCAAGCAGGUGAAGCGUCCCGGAGACGGCUGGUGGAGCUUUGGAAAGAUAUUGUCGAUGAUAAGACCCCAUUGCCUCCGCCAGGAGCGACAGAGGAAGAAGAGAUGGAACUACUUCAAGAUUAUCCUUAUAUUGACGGACCCAUCAAAGUCGACUACGGAACUCAGCUAAGGGUUGGAAAGGCCGUCUACAUCAAUUUCAACUGCGUAUUCCUAGACACCUGCUAUAUCACUAUCGGUGCCCGGACGCUGAUCGGACCCAAUUGUUCCUUCUUCGCCGCAACCCAUCCUCUUGACCCUUUCCUCCGAAACGGAAUCAAAGGCCCUGAACUCGGAAGUCCCAUCAAUAUCGGCGAGGAUUGCUGGUUUGGCGGUAAUGUUACUGUGGUUGGUGGGGUUACUAUUGGGAGGGGUUGCACUAUCGGUGCAGGAAGUGUAGUAACCAAGGAUGUCCCCGAUUUCCACGUUGCGGUCGGCAAUCCAGCCCGCAUAAUUCGGAAGAUCGAGCCCAAGUACCCAGAUCCUAAUUUACUUCCUGGGGGAACAGACACAUCGGCGGAUUCCAAAUCUGUGCUAGGUUCGUUGGCUUCUGGCCCUGCCUACAACCCAGCCCCUGGUGAAGGGUCUGCACCGUGA